UAUAAUAUUCCCAGGUGGUGGACAAUCUGCCCUCCCUCAGCUUAAGUGAAAUUAAAGCUGGGAGAGGGCUGAUGGUCCAUCACCACCCCCUAUCCGCAACCCGGGGACGCGCUCGUUAGGAAAAAACUGAAAACCAACAUUUAAAAAUGAAGACAUAAAUUGUAUAAGCUGCAUUAGAGGUAAGCAAAUACGGCAGUCCUUUCCUAAGAAGAAUAAUAAAUCAAGCAGUGAAGUAUUAGAAUUAAUACACACAGAUUUGUGUGGUCCGAUGAGAGUAGAAUCAAUAAGUAAGAAACUUUAUUUCGCAACAUUCAUCGACGACUUCACUAGAAAAGUAUUAAUUGUUCCAUUCAAAAUCAAGUUGUAUAUUUUACCUACUAAAGUGUAGUAACAGUGAUUGUGAACAGAUCUUUGCAGCAAGUCAUAAGAUUAUGUUCUCAAUGAAAAAAAAAAAAAAAAAAAAACAAUCAAAACAAAUAUACAUAACAAUGUCAAAAGUGUAGUAAUAUAAGAUAUGGUAACACUAAUUGUAAUUAGGUCUGGUAGCAUUAAUUGUAAUUGCAUAUAAUUGCAACUAACUUCACGGUUGCAAAAAAACUGCAACCAACUUCAUUAUUAAUUGUGAUUUCCGCCUUGAAUAAAGUGAACAAAAAUAAGUAAAACGUGAAAACAAAUAAAAAUAAAUAAUUCAACUUGGCCAAUUACUAUAAAAUCAGGUGUGGGGUACGACUGAAGCCCCUUUGUGUAUAAUUUGUGCACAAACUUUCAAGGAUUACUAAUUCAUUUGGAGAUGAAUAUGGAUUUGCGACCAAGUCGCCAUGCUUUAAUGGCUGCAUUAACAAAUGCUGGGAUUGAAUUCCCCGAGUCAGCAACCCUAAGCCAAUUAAGGCUAUUGUUUCAAGAAGUGCAAAAGGAGGAAAAUAUGCCUACGGGAAAUUCAAAUGCAAACGAUGAACCCACAAGCGACGGACGUCCAACUGACAUGUUGAUGAUCAGUGGGGGCAGAUUUUCUGACAAUUUGUCAAAAAUAAUUCCGCACAUGUGCGGAAUAACCGAUGACAAUGUGACCGAGAUACCAUCGGAUAGAAAUGAUGUACCAAACAACACGAUGCCGAUGGUUGAUCAAUUGGUAAAUUUUACUGAGGUCAGUGCCCAAAUCCAGAAUACACCCGAAGCUAUUAAACCUGCUGCCCAUGUGCCCGAUGUAAACGUGCCUGAAGUUGCUGUCAAUAUACCAACUGAUAAUUCUGCUGCCAUGCCUGAAGUUGCUGUCAAUAUACCAACCGAUAAUUCUGCUGCCGUGCCUGAUGUCGAAAAUUUUUCUUAUAAUGCUGCUGGAAAACAAAAUUCUGCUGCCAAAAAUGAACUUAGAAAUUUACAAAUACGACUGGAAAUUUUAAAAUUGCAGCAACAAAUUCGAGCGUUGGAAACAAAUGCCCAACCAGCCGCAUAUGUCCAUCGCAUUGACUUAAUGGAGCUGGACUCAGCAGUGCCACCAUUUUCCGGGGAUGACCAUUACGAUGUAAUGAAAUGGUUCACGCAAUUUGAGGAUUAUGCUUCCAAUUACACAAUGAAGGAAAAAUGUGUGGGUGUUCGUCGUCGCCUGGAAGGGACAGCAAAGAAGUAUGCAAACAAUUUAGGUUUGGUGGACUAUGACGAGCUAAAAGUUAAGCUCAUAAAUAUGUUUAGGCGCACGGUGUCCCGCCAAGAAAUUUAUCGGCAAUUACGAACGCGUACCUUAAGCCCGAAUGAAACGUGCUUAAGCUACUUAGUUGCCAUGCAAUCAAUUGCCUCAAAAGCAGAUAUUUCAGAAGAAGAGCUGGUUGACAUGUAAUUGACGGCAUACAAGACAGUGGCAACGCUAUUUCAUAUUUGUAUGGGGCCAGAACUGUAGAUGAAUUAGUUGUGCGGAUGGACCGAUAUGAAUAUCGACGCAAGCAGAUCCGUCCAACCAAAAAUCCAGUAACAACUAAUAUUAAU